AUGCGAGGUGUCAGUGUCGAGAUGGAACGGCCAGUGAUGAACACCUCCGGCCAAAAGAGGGCAGUCCGCACCGCGCACCGCGCUCCGCGCGACGUGCCCGUCAUCUUAUCGCGGCGACCGAUAAGUGACGACAAUUCCCAUGCGAACCAAGGACCUUCAAACUCGGCCGAUUGGUGCUGGAAGUCAACCUCGAUCGGUGUCAUGGUGAAGAAGCUUCGACACAGUGGCCAUGCGCUCAGCCUCAACCACGGCACAUCGACAGCGCCAACGUCCGAGAGAUCCAAGCGGAUCCAGGCGCUGCUCGGCUCCUCGAUCUUAGCGGAUGACAAUCUUGCAGCCGAAUCGUAG